AUGCCAUUUACCCCAUGUGAACUGGUCGUAGGAACGUAUGAUGGGAAGCUCUACGGGUUCCUGUUGUCGAAAGAUGACGAAGAUGAAUAUUCUCUUCAGAGCACGUUUGUUGUUGAUGAUUCUAGUCAGGCUAUCAGGAGUCUUUCAUUUACGACAAAUGGGCUGUUAACUGCAACCUCAAACGACUGUAUGAUCAGGAUCUAUAACCUACGACGACACAAGCAUGUGGCGGUCCUCGACAAGCACACAUCGUCUGUACGGUGUUCUGCUAGCCUUGUGUCUAAGAGCUCAGACGGAAGUGAGGAGUAUGUCAUCACUGGCGGCGAUGAUAAAAUGCUCUUCCUCUGGCGUGUCCGUGAUUGGGAACCUAUGCUGACUCUUCGUAGACACCGCCACCCUAUAUCAUCCGUGGCAGUCCAUCCCAGUAAUUUCUGUGCUAGUUCCCUUGAUAAGGACGGCCUGGUUAUAUGGGAUUUAACGACUGGCAAUUCAACCGCACGGAUUACCACAGACCAUCCAUGUUUUCAUCACGAAUGGAACAAGCAGGACCUUUUGAUUGUUCACCCCAGCGGGAUUCAGGUCCUGACUGUUGGCGAUAGUCCUACGAAGGCGGUGUGGACUAUUCCGGGGAUUGGUCAUAAGGUUUCUUCGGCCACUUUUGGUAUCUGGCCCUACAAGGCCAAGGGAGAUGACUACACCAUUCCGGUCAUCCUUGUGGGGGAUGAGAACGGAAUAUUACGCGUGUUCCAGCGGGAUGGAGACCAGCUUAAUGUGAUAGCAAAGUUUGAAAUAGGCGACGGAGAUCCGGAGUUGGGAAAGGAUUCUCGGAGGCUCAAGUUUAUCAAGGAUUGCAAGGCCUGUCAUUAUGUAAUAGGCUUUAGCAGCGGGGAUCUAGUAUUACUUGAGGCGACAGACCUACAGGAUAUUGAGAUUUGCAAGCGGUUUCAUGUCCCGGGCCGCCCGACAGCAAUGGAACUCUAUAUGGGUCAGUUAGACAAGCAGUAUCUUGCAGAAGAGUCUAGUAAAUAG